AUGACAGCUCCAUCGCAAGUUCCAGCUGCUGCAAAGUUUGCCACAAGUGCAGUUGCCCUUACCAGCCCCAGCCCCCUGCCACAACCAACAUCUGCCUCACUCCGCUUGCCAGUUGGCACCGCUCCACUUGUUGCCACUCCAGUUGUCACUGCACCUGGCGCUGCCCCAGCGCCAACCCCAAGUCCAACCACGAGUCCACCCAAUUUGCCCAUUGGACCUGGGCUGAAUGGAACGAAACCCUUCGGGGUGCCCGCAGUUUCAAGCCUACCCAACAUGUCUGACGCCAGCACGUCCGAGAAGGAACUGGGCAACGAGUCACCACCCAAAGCACCGAAAGGAGAUCAACCCAUCGUCUCAUCCAGCCCCCUAUCUCACACUUCUCGAGCGAACAACAACUCCAUCGGGUUGUCCUCAGGUGGUUUGAGCCCCUCAGCCUCAAGGCAUGGCACUGGCACAACACCACAGGCCUCCCAGCAUUCACACUCAAGGACUCCAAGCCGCCAGGGGCAUGCUCGACAGCCCUCUGCGAUCGCUUGGCAUCCUUUUGAGAGAAUGCUUUUUGAGACGACCGAUGGGGUCUACAACCCAACUGAGAUGGCACAAAAGAGGCGGGUGCCCAUGAACUUCUCUAUAGGCACAGGGACAACUGUCAUGUGCGAAAUCCCAGGCCGAGUGUCGAUUGUUGCACCCUCCAUGGCCUCGCGGCAGCACUACCACGAAAAUCUGUACCGCUGCUUUGAAGCCCAAGACUACCUUGACAAGGAUCUGCGACAUGAGCUGAUCGUGGUUGAAACCUAUGAGGAUAAGCCAUCCAGCUACUUACAGAAAGUGGCCAAGGAUGAUGAGCGAGUGGUGCAUGUGGCCAUCAAAGUUAGUCCCGGCAAAGAUUUCACUGUUGGCUUGAAGCGUAAUAUGACUUUGCAUUUGGCCUCCGGCGAGUACAUUGUAAACUUUGAUGAUGAUGACCUCUACGCACCUGGCUAUGUGCCAAGGGUGGUACAGUUGAUGAGAGGUCGAAACCUGGUGGGUUUGACCCUAUCAGCAUGGUACAACUACUACAUAGGCAAAGGUGUGUGCACCUUUUCCGAUCCUGAGAGCUGGGAAGAAUGGGCGGACGAUCAGCAGGAGCUGGAUGAGAUCUUGUACGGCUAUGGUUUCAGCUACUCUCACAGGAGAACUCUGUCCCUACUUUUUUGCUAUCCCAAUGUGGGCUUUGCUGAAGAUGCUCCCUUCUUUCUCAAGCUGCGAGAUAUGUUCGGCAAGGACAAGGUCCAACUCUACAAGGAUGAAGAGGGCCUGUGCAUGCAUGUGAUGCACCGUGCAAACACCGCCCAAGUGUUGGGAAGCCGCACCGUGUCAGCACAGGAGAUCGCAAAGCUGAAGGUGACGGCACUGAACCCCUUCCGGGAGUUGCUUGGUUUGGUGGCGGGGGUGACCCUUUAA